AUGAGUGAACUAUCUCUUGGCAUGUUUGAUCUCUCGCUUAAAAGCAAUUUUAAUCCUGUAAUUAAUGAGCCUGCAAUUGAGGCAUAUGUAGCUGCUGUUAAAUCUGAUAUUCAGAGAUUGAAAAUGAUGCAUUCUGUACAACCUUUUAGUCAUCCAAAUGUGACUGCUGAUGAGAUGGUUGCCCUUAAUGAAUUGAAACAUGACCCCGAACUUACAAUUAAGGCCGCCGAUAAAGGCGGCGCGGUGGUCGUGUUAGACACCCAUAAAUAUAUUGCCGAAAUCAUGCGGCAAUUUGGUGAUAAUACCAUCUAUAGGCUUAUCGACUCUGAUCCCAGGUUCAAAAUUGCUGGGCUUAUUGGGAAUGUAUUAACCAAUGCUUUGGGUGCGGGGGUCAUUGAUGAGGGGCUUGUGGAUUUUCUUACCGUAACGCAUCCGGUCACUCCUGUGAUUUAUGUGUUGCCUAAGAUCCACAAGUCCCUCAUUGAUCCACCGGGCCGCCCCAUCGUAUCGGGCUCUGACUCAAUUUUUAGCCAUAUUUCCAUCUUCCUUGAUAAGGUUUUGCAUGGUUUUGCAUGUGGAGGCAGCUCCUAUAUACAGGACACCACAGACUUCUUACUCAAAUUGCAGAUGAUUGAUCUGACUAUAACUCAGAAUAAAAGUUACAGAAAAGGUGUUAAACAUCAAACAGCUCACUUAAGAGGGAAGCCAUUUUCAUGCUCAGAAUGUGGGAAAUGUUUUAAGCAUAAAUCAGCUCUUGAUAUACAUCAGAGAGUUCACACAGGGGAGAAGCCAUUUUCAUGCUCAGAAUGUGGAAAAUGUUUUAACAGGAAAUCUAAUCUUGUUACACAUCAGAUAAUUCACACAGGAGAGAAGCCAUUUUCAUGCUCAGAAUGUGGGAAAUGUUUUAGGCAUAAAUCAGCUGUUAUUAUACAUCAGAGAAUUCACACAGGAGAGAAGCCAUUUUCAUGCUCAGAAUGUGGAAAAUGUUUUAACAGUAAAUCACAUCUUGUUGUACAUCAGAUAAUUCACAUAGGAGAGAAGCCAUUUUCAUGCUCAGAAUGUGGGAAAUGUUUUAACAAGGAAUCAAAUCUUGUUGUACAUCAGAGAAUUCACACAGGAGAGAAGCCAUUUUCAUGCUCAGAAUGUGGGAAAUGUUUUAAGCAUAAAUCAGCUCUUGAUAUACAUCAGAGAGUUCACACAGGGGAGAAGCCAUUUUCAUGCUCAGAAUGUGGAAAAUGUUUUAACAGGAAAUCAAAUCUUGUUACACAUCAGAUAAUUCACACAGGAGAGAAGCCAUUUUCAUGCUCAGAAUGUAGGAAAUGUUUUAAGCAUAAAUCAGCUCUUAUUUUACAUCAUAGAAUUCACACAGGAGAGAAGUCAUUUUCAUGCUCAGAAUGUGGAAAAUGUUUUAACAGUAAAUCGCAUCUUGUUGUACAUCAGAUAAUUCACACAGGAGAGAAGCCAUUUUCAUGCUCAGAAUGUGGAAAAUGUUUUAACCAGAAAUCAGCUCUUGUUACACAUCAAAAAACUCACAGAGAGAAGCCAUCUCCAUGCUUAGCCCUUUAGUGACCACCCUUAUGUGUUUUCAUGGUAGUCAGGGUCGCUAACUGGCUUUAUUCCGUCAGACACUGCUUUUUACAGGGAGAUAAAACAGAACCUUGCUUUGAGUUACCAGAGGUGGCUGAGGUCUUGUAGUGAUGAUUGGGACCACUGUGAGAGCUCCCCAAACAUGUAUUGU